ACUUUUGUGUCUUGACAAAAUGUAUGUUUAUCACAUUGAUUUUAAAAAGUCAGAACACAAUGCCAGUUUUCAAUAUCGUUAAAAACUCGUUUGUUUUAGGCAAAGGUGCUUCCGUCGAAUAAUCUCAUGCUUUGGAUUGCAGCUACAAUGCACAUUACAUUAUGGAUCUAUUCAGGGAAGUGAAUUAAGUAUAGUUUACAAGUGUAGUACAUAAAAUCAUUUAAUUCCUUAUUGACGUUAAUUUGAAGUGUUGCUAAUAAUCCAAUUAUUACACCGCCAAUGCACGUGUGAUUAUUGUAAUAAUUCGUUACAAUUCGUUGUAGAACUGAUAGAACAUCGUAAGUUCUAUUUUAUAUAACUUAGUAAGAUGUUAUAUGAUUCCUCCCAGUAUGGUAGUUAAUUGCUUAAGUAUAUAAAAUCUGUGACGGUAAUGUUAUUACUAUGAAAUUGACACCAAAUAUCUACACAGAUAUUCGCGAUUAGAGAGUUGAACCCGACGUCGUCCUCUGCAGUUGCAUUUACGUGAUACUUCACGCAAGUAUAUGUGUAUGUUUAUCUAAAAUAGUGUUUAACAUACGCAGCUACCUACUUGAGUCAAUAAAGGCUAUAAAAUGUAAUCGAUCGAAUAAAAGUAUUGUUUAUACGGAUUUUAUGUCACCUAUUUCUGUUUCAGGCACAAAAACGUUUCACUAUAAAUAAGUACAAAUAACAGUGAAAAGUGCAUAAACGUGCCAAGCACGUGAAACAAACUAGCAAUGGAGAUAUUCGAAAUCCUUUCGAAACUUCUUUUACUAACCGUUUGAUUAUCGCAAACAAACAAGAUUUGACGAGUACCUACUUACAUUUAUCAGGUACCUGCACAUAAAUAAAUGAAAACCCCACCACCCUUCCCUCUGCACCGUGUCGAGUCAGUCGCGCCGUCACUGGCUGGAAAACGUUCUCUAUCCAGGAAAUUUUUAUUUGAACGCGAUAAGAUAUCGAUAAUAAAUUGAUAUAUGCGAGGUUGGAUUUUAAUUGUUAACAGUAGUAGGUGGUCGGUGCUGCGCUCGGUGUGUUGACACACCGAUAACUCGGUUUGUUUACGAUCGGUUAUUAUUGCGACGGCGACGGCGGCGGCGGCAGUGGUGUGAUCAUAUUCCGUAUCUAGCUGCUCGGACUGACUGAGGAGCAGUGUGGUCCUUCAAUAUGGAUAGAGAGUGCGACGAUGACGAAAAUAUCCAAUUACUUAGUGAUAUUGAUCGUGAACGGACUACAAGUGACUCGAAUUUGAAUAGUGUUAUGGUUCACAGAACUGCCUCUCAGGAUACGAUAGUGUUUAAUAGCAAGAUGAUGAAGACCUCCACCCUCACGGAAGACAUGGGCGCCACGUGGGGAGGCCGGAGGUCUCUGCCGGACUCGGGCAGGCUGCGCCGUGUGCACUCCUGGUCUGGAGGACCUCCAGAUGACAUUAGCUCCGAGAUUAUUAUAUUGAGAGAACGGUUGGUUCGGACGCAGGCCCGCCUACAGCCGGGGGCAGUGCGGCACCUCUCCAGCCGGCAGAGGCUGACGCUGGCUUCCUUAGCUCUUGUGGACUUCAUGAGUUUCUGCUCCAUGAGUGUGAUGGCGCCGUUCUUCCCCCGCGAGGCAGCAGCCAAGGGUCUCUCGGAAACCAUGUGUGGCAUUGUGUUCAGUUUCUAUGCCAUCGUUAUGUUCCUUACAUCGCCUCUGUUUGGAAAAUUCUUACCAACGGUUGGCGCAAAGUUCCUAUUUACGGGAGGCAUGUUUGUCGCCGGCGCUUGCAAUGUAUUAUUUGGCACACUUGCGUUAAUUGAAGACGCGCAGAUGUUCACGAUACUCUGCUUUGUGGUGCGCGGGAUGGAAGCUCUCGGCGCGAGUGCCUACUCCACGGCCAGCUACGUGUUCGUGGUGAACACGUUCCCUGAUAGCAUAGGCUCGGUGCUCGGCAUCCUUGAGACGUUCAUCGGUCUCGGCAUGUCAGUCGGACCAGCCAUCGGAGGCCUCCUCUACACGAUCGGGGGCUUCGGGCUACCAUUCUACACUCUUGGCGUUAUCAUGGUGUUGACUGUGCCCAUCAACUUCUUCCUGCUCACCGAUUGCGAAGAGUAUGUGUCCGGUUCUAAAACGGCUUCAAUUAUCGCUUUAUUCAAGAUCCCUUCGAUAAUAAUAACGGGUCUUGUGAUAGUGAUUGUGUCCAAUACCUGGGCCUUCCUAGACCCGACUCUGGAACCACAUUUACGCCAAUUUGGCCUCUCCACCGAGCAGAUAGGGUUGAUAUUCCUACUAUUCUCCAGCCUCUAUGGAAUAUUUAGCCCUAUUUGGGGUUGGGUUGCAGAUCGGGUGCACAAUCACUGGUGUAUGAUGGUGUGGGGUUUGUUCCUAUCUUCAGCAGGAUUGUUACUUCUAGGACCUUGUCCUUUCAUACCGGGUCUACCGAGAGACCUGUGGCUAGAUUUAGUAGCUUUAUCUAUACUGGGUAUGUCUGUGGCUUUGACACUCUUGCCCACCUUCCAAGGAGUGUUAACUAGUUCUAUUUACGAGGGCGGUUGCCCCGAGGCGCUGACGACGUACAGCGCGGUGGCGGGCGUGUGGUCGUGCUGCUACUCGCUGGGCGAGGUGCUCGGGCCGGCGCUAGGGGGCGCCCUCACCGAACGGUACGGGUUCCCGCUCUGUGCCACACUAUGUGCUGCUGGCUGCUUUACUAUGGCAGUAGUAACUCUAACAUUCUUCUCUCUGCGCGAGUCCCGUAAGUGCACGCAGUCGAGUGGCAGUGCGUGCGACUCGAUCCCGUACACGGACACGACGUGGAACAGCACCAACUUCUGUCGCACGCGCAGCGCGCCGCAGAGCUUGGCGGAACAUGCGCCGCUGAUUACACCGUGUUCUUGUUACAAUACACAUGGCUUUACUUACGGAACUUCUCCUCCGAAACAUUUCUGUCUACUACACAACAAGAGCAAUAAAAGUGGAUACGCUAGUAUCGCUGAAAUCGCCGCGUACAUACUCAAAUUUCAAUUCGUCACAAGUUUCUACAUAAAGAUGAGGAAAUCACGACGAAAAGCCGUCACACCUCCACCCUCCAAGCCCAUAGUCGACGAGGAAUUGUACCAAAACUACCUUGAUAAAGAAAAUGAUGAAUCCCGUAUAAAACAACGCAUUAACUCAGAUGGUUACAUUAAUAUGACCAAGAAAAGCGAUAAUUACUGUUCAUAUUUAGAAGAUGCCAUCUUCGGUAGUCCUGAUAUCAUGAACAAUGUGUCCGCUGAUCAUUUGAAAGUUAAGAAAUACAACACGGGGCUAGUUUCCACAGAGAAGCGCUGCGAAACUGAGAAAAGAACCACAUACGAAAUAAUACGACAUAAUCUCGAGAAAGUACAAUUUUAUGAGCAAGAUGAGUGCCCGGCGUUUGAAGAUAUUUUUGAUAGUUGCGGCUGCAGAGAUGGUGUUACCUACGUAAGAGGAACAGUGACUGUGUCCUCCACUGGCGCCUGUGAAGUGUAGAAUGUCGUAGGUACUUUGGGUUUUAAAAAUAAUUAUGUAAGAUUUUAUAGAUUUAAUUCAUACCAAUUUAACCAAAUAAUAUUCGAAACAUUAAAUU